AUGGCACGUCGGCAGCAUCUCAGCUUGACCAUGCUCUUGGCCGUCGUCGUCUUUUUCAGCAUAACCUAUCUCUUCGGCACCUCAGGGGCUCGCCAUGCUGUCUUGUCCUCGAACAAGUCCAGUCGCGACACCCAGCCCGCCGACGCCGCCGCCGCCGCCGCCGACCCAAAAUCAACGGCGCCGCCACCAGCAGAACCCAAAUCCGACUUGAAGAUCGACUUGGAUUCGAUACCCGACCUGUCCGACGGCGACUCCAUCGCCCCAAAGCUGGAAAACGCGACCCUCAAAGCCGAACUUGGCCGGGCCACGUGGAAGUUUCUGCACACCAUGGUUGCCAAAUUCCCCGACAAACCCACCGACAACGAUCGCAAAACCCUCGAGUCCUUCUUCCACCUCUUCGGGCGACUAUAUCCUUGUGGCGAUUGCGCGCGCCACUUUCGAGAGAUGCUGAGCAAGCACCCUCCCCAAACGAGCAGUCGCAACGCUGCAGCCGGGUGGCUCUGUGCCGUGCACAACAUUGUCAAUCAACGAUUGGACAAGGCCCUGUUUGACUGCACCAAAAUCGGGGACUUUUACGACUGCGGAUGUGCUGACGACGACAACAAAGCCAAGGCGGGUGCCAAGGACAAGAGGGAGGCGACUGAGGCUGAUGGAAAUGCGGCAUUGAGCAAGCCGUUGAGCAGCAAGCUGGCAGAUGCGAACAUAUCAUAG